CGGAAGUGAGUUUUCGUUUAUGUGGGCCGGAAAAGCGUAUUGAGUUGCUACGCGGUUCCGGUGUUCUGUUGGAGGUUGAGAGUUUCGGGUCAGUGUGAGGGUGAGAAAGAAGCGAUUUGGUUUUGGACGGUGACUGCUUCAGAGAAACGGCAGGGUGAGGUAACCGAGCAACAGCAAUGUCUUUUAUAUUUGACUGGAUCUAUAAAGGUUUCAGCAGUGUGCUCCAACUUUUAGGUUUGUACAAGAAAUCUGGAAAAUUAGUGUUCCUUGGUUUAGAUAAUGCUGGCAAGACAACGUUGCUACAUAUGCUAAAAGAUGACAGAUUGGGGCAACAUGUUCCCACACUACAUCCGACGUCAGAGGAGUUGACAAUUGCUGGAAUGACUUUCACCACAUUUGAUCUUGGUGGACACGCACAGGCACGAAGGGUUUGGAAGAAUUACCUCCCAGCUAUAAAUGGAAUUGUCUUCCUAGUGGACUGUGCAGAUUUGUCACGCCUUGCUGAAUCUAAAAUUGAGCUUGACGCACUGUUGACAGACGAGACAAUUUCAAAUGUGCCAGUCCUUAUUCUGGGCAACAAGAUUGACCGGGCAGAAGCAAUUAGUGAAGAGAAACUCCGGGAAAUCUUUGGUCUAUAUGGUCAAACAUCAGGAAAGGGCAAUGUGCCAUUGAAGGAAAUGAAUGCAAGGCCUAUGGAGGUAUUCAUGUGCAGUGUGCUGAAGAAACAGGGAUACGGUGAAGGCUUUCGUUGGCUUUCACAGUAUAUUGACUGAUCUCUUUGCACAUUGUAUCAUUUUGGACUGAGAUGGUUUCUGACUUCGACAAUUUUUGUACAAGGACAUGGAAAAAUAUACUUUUACCCAAAUUGGCAGAUGUUAAACUUUGAUAUAUAGUACACCUUGAAAAUGUUACCAGUACUCGGAUAGCUGCCUGUUUGCUGUGAUGUGCUGCAAUAUAUUUGCAACACAAUUUAAAGUCUCAAAGUACUUCCAGCUGCUACUUUAGUAUUGGUCUUUUUAAAGUAUUUUAUUUUGAUUUAUUUUGAAUUCUUCAUAAACCAUUUAUUCAUUGUGAACAGUGUUCCUUCUGAUGUUGUGUAAAGAAACAUUUGUUACUUUCACAUAACAUUUUGAAACAUUAUUUCAAUUUUAUUAAAAUAAGCCCAGUUUUCUGGUAAACCAGUGCAGGGAGGUGGGGGCAGGAUGCCAUGACCAGGUCAAAGUUGUAGAAGCUUGUAAAUACACAUGCUUAAAAAGAAUGCAUGCAUUAUUAAUGAACGGAUUGUCUUUGAAUUUUGUAAUAGCAUGUGUAUUUAUAACCUGUGUUUAGUUAAACUGUUUAAAAAAAAAAAAUACAUUAUGUAGCUCAUUGUGAUUGUGAUUGGUUGGUCCUUAAUUAGAACAUUGUCUCUUUAAUCUUUAUAAUGAGUGUUUAAUUCUUAAUUGUAUUACCUGGAAAUGUGGUAGCAAUAAAUAAUGUCUUCUGUCUGGUUUAAACCCACCCAAACAGCUUAAAGAAAAAAUGGGUUCUCCUGCAUCUCUCUUACCUGCAGCUGUUACCCUUGCAUGACAACUAAGCCAUAAUAAGCCACUUUUGAGAGCUGGGUUUAUUUGUUGGCUUUCUGAAGAAGUACUGUUGAAUGGUCAUAAAGUGGAAAAGGUUUGAAGUUAAUCAGGCUGUACUCUUGCCUUGUAUUGACCCAUCCUAGCAGACAUUAACCAUUCAUGAUUCACCGUUCAAGUGUGUUUUUCGCACUACCGAUGCUAUAAAAUAUUGAAUCAAAAAAGCAAUGUGCUUUUUUCAGUUUUUGCAGGUCAAGGUACAGCUGGCGUCUUUAAACCUUAUCUUAUUUUGUGUGGAACGAUAAUUUUACCAGUUAUUUUUAGAUUUGUUUAAAGAAUGAAAUGUGUUUAAAAAAAAGAAAUGGAAUUGUUAUAUGGACAAAUUGGUGCAGUAUUGUCAGCACUGGUUAUAUUUACCUAUUUACCUUCUGCUUUAUUUACACUAAGUUUACAUGCUUUUAUUUUUGCAGCAUACUAAGGGUAAUGGGUGGGAGGGGGAUUGUUUUAUUUUUCAUGUAAACUGGCUAAACUCUAUUGUAUGUACUGUACAUGUUAAUGUAGAUAAAGAAUUUUGCCUUUGCAGGGCAAAUUUGAAAUUUGCCUACAGUUCACUAACCAAUAUUCAACAGAGUUAGUUGGGGUGUGGUAAGUAUUUUUUGAAUAUGAACUACAUCAGCCUAUGAGUUGCUUCUGGUAGUAUAUGAGAAUUCCUAUGGCACACCAUACAAGACUCAACAACCAUAGCUUUGUGUGCCCUAAGAGUAAUGGUCAUAUUCCAUGUAUUUUUUUGCACAUUUGUACAUACUUACUAAAUAAUGACUUGGAUUUCAGGACUUCUAAUGUCUUGGUAUUACAGAUCCCUCUCAGUUGAACUUCUAAUAUACUCUGACCAGCAUGCCACUUAGGAAAAGUGGUUUCAGCUUUUGUAGGGUUAUUUCAAGAAAUAUGGGUCAGUCAGCCCCAAUAGAAUACCGAUAGAUGUCAGUCCACCCCAAAAACAUUAACACAUUUUAUGUUUUUUACUAUUACAACUAUCAUGUUAAAAGUUUUAUACACACUGUGUAUAUUGAAAAAAAAUGUGGUUCUAGAAUGGUCAUCGUGUUUUGAUGCACUGUCGAAUGAAUGGAACAUGUUUAUGCAGUGAUUUAGUGCUGGAUCAGACCCCAUAAUUGAUAACGACUCUCAACAGUUGUGGUAGACCACAUCCUAUCUUCCAGAUCAGAAAUAGCUGGGAAGGAAUUCCCACUUGGAUCCUAAUACACCUUGCAUUAAUUAAUUUUGUAAUGUGAUUCCCUGUUGUUAUUUCUGUUUUCUGUUUUCUAAAUCUAAUUAAAAAAUACAUUACGGUA